AUGCCGACCAUUCGGAGAGUCCAGCCAUCGGACUUGUUCCAUCUCAACCUGUGCAACCUCGAUCCGUACACGGAAAACUAUGACCUGAACUUUUAUCUGACGUAUCUCAUGAGAUGGCCUUCGCUGUUUCAGUGCAUCGAAGAGCACGGCCAGAUAGUCGGCUAUAUCAUUGGCAAGGUUGAGACAUCGCCUGCUCACUUACAAGGAACACCGCAUUACUUACCGUGGCAUGGUCACAUCACCGCUCUGUCAAUAGCCCCACAAUAUCGACGGCUGGGAUAUGGGAAACUUCUGACCGAGUCUCUGGAAAAGGCUUGUAACCAGCAGGAUGCCUGGUUCGUGGAUCUCUUUGUUCGGGCGAGCAACAAGAACGCCAUCAAAAUGUAUCAAAGCAUGGGCUAUUCGACCUACCGCACAGUGGUUAAGUACUACGCGGACGAUCCGACUGGAGUCUCAAAGGAGGGAGAGGACGCGCUGGACAUGAGGAAGCCUCUUGAUCGGGACAAGGACCGAAUCCAUGUCAGGAAGAAUGGGGAGAAUUUCAAGGUCGACCCGGAAGAUGUCUUUUGA